CAGGGCGACCAUGUGGGCAGAUGUACGGCACCUGCGCGCGGGCGCAUCAUUAUCUGGAGCGUGCUCGCGGAGAUCUCGGGCUGGCCACCGCCUUCACGCGCUGCAGCAGCAUCAGGACCAUCAAGGACAAUGAGCCCCUAGCGAGUCACCGCAUCCAUACGUUUAAUCGCCACCAACUAUGAAUCAUGUAUGCGCUAGUACUUUCAAAUCUGCUCGCGUGCAUCCUCGCUUCCUGUCUCCAGACAUUCGUGGCGUCAGCGUCAGCCGUGUUGGAGGCUGAGAUCUCCGGGGAGGCGGUGUCAGAUGAUACUGCAUCUGGACAGAAGCACAAUGCCAGCGGCCCGCAGGAGUCACAGCGCACGCUCACAUACCCCUCUCGCCUCAUCUACUACCUGAACGAAGCUUCUGAGAGCACCUACCAUGACCUGAACACCUGCGCUAAGAUUCCUGACCCACACGGACAGGAGGUUCAUCUCGCUCAGGCUUCAUUUCAACUUCAGGCCUUUGGAUCCCAAAUUAUUCUGGACCUCACUUUAAACAAUGAUCUGCUGUCCUCAGAUUAUGUGGAGAUACACUAUGAGGAAGGAAAGCCUGUCCUUGGGAAGGGUGGAGAGCACUGUUACUACCACGGCCAGAUCAGAGGGAUCGACAACUCACAUGCCGCUCUGUCCACCUGUAACGGUUUACAUGGCAUGUUUGAUGAUGGAGUCCAUAUGUACACAAUUGAGCCACUUAAGCAGACUCACCCUAUUGAGGGAACAGCGAGACCACAUGUCUUGCACAGAACGACUAUCCUUCAGAAAACCCCACCUACAGGAGAAAAAGGCAUGGAGGAGGAUUUGUCUUGGCUCCGACGGAGGAAAAAGCGAGCUAUCCCAAGGAACCUGUUUGAGGAGAUGAAGUACAUAGAGCUGAUGGUUGUCAUUGACCACCACAUGUUUAAGAGACUGGGAACCAAGCAGCGCACACUCAACUUUGCCAAAUCUGUGGUCAACCAGGCAGAUGCUAUUUUUAAAGAUCACCUGUACACCCGUGUAGUCCUGGUCGCCAUAGAGAUCUGGACGGAUAAGGACCACAUUCCCAUUAGUGCGAUUCCAUUCGAUAUGCUGCGAAACUUUUCCAAAUACCGACAGCAGCACAUCAGGCAGCAUGCAGAUGCAGUGCAUCUGUUUUCUAACGUGGCAUUUCACUAUCCUCGGGGCUGUGCGGCGUAUUUUGGAGGGAUGUGUUCUGUGAGUCAUGGGGUUGGAGUCAUUGAGUAUGGCUCUUUGUGGACACUGGCGCUUGUGCUGUCCCAGAGUUUGGCUCAGAAUCUUGGGAUUCAGUGGGAUACAACAUCAAUAAAAAAUGAUUGUGGGUGCAUGAACUCGUGGCAAGGCUGUAUCAUGGAGGACAAUGGGGUUCAGACCCCGCGGAUUUUCUCUAAGUGCAGUAUCACUGGUUAUAAAGAGUUCCUGUUAAAGGGAGGGGGAUCCUGCCUCUUUAACAAACCCACCAAGCUGUUUGAAGAGACAGAGUGUGGAAAUGGAUUUGUAGAAGUGGGAGAGGAGUGUGACUGUGGACCAAGAGAAGCGUGCAUUAAAGAGUGCUGUAAAAAGUGUUCUCUGUCUAACGGUGCACACUGCAGUGACGGACCCUGCUGCAAUAACACAUGUCUGUUCUACCCGCGAGGUUUCACAUGCCGCUAUGCAGUAAAUGACUGUGAUAUUUCAGAGACGUGCUCAGGAGACUCAGGGCAGUGCCCUCCCAAUCUACACAAGCAGGACGGUUACUUCUGCUCUCUCAACCAGGGUCGCUGCUACGCUGGAGAGUGCAAGACGAGAGACAGUCAGUGUAAAUAUGUGUGGGGUCCAAACGCUGCGAGUUCUGAGAAGUUCUGUUAUGAGAAGCUGAACACAGAGGGCUCAGAGAAGGGCAACUGUGGUCAAGAUGGAAAGAAAUGGAUCCAGUGCAGUAAGCAUGAUGUGUUUUGCGGGUAUCUGUUGUGCACUAACACUGGCCGAAUCCCACGGAUUGGAAUUAUGAAAGGAGAAGUCACUCCCACAAACUUCAACCAUCAGGGCAGACUGAUCGACUGCAGUGGUGGUCACGUCUUGCUGGAUGAUCAGACUGAUCAUGGUUAUGUGGAGGAUGGAACUCCAUGUGGUCCGUCAAUGAUGUGUCUGGACAGGAAGUGUCUCCCUAUUCAGUAUCUGAACCUGAGCUCCUGUCCCACCGGACCCAACGGACACAUCUGUUCCAGUCAUGGGGUGUGCAAUAAUGAGGCGUCAUGUACAUGUGACACAACGUGGGCGGGGACAGACUGUAGCAUGCCUGACCCUCCAAAAAUACCGGCCCCUUCUGAAGAUGAGGAACCCAAGGGUCCUAGUGCCACCAAUCUCAUCAUAGGGUCCAUCGCAGGGGCCAUCCUGGUGGCAGCUAUAGUCCUGGGUGGGACUGGCUGGGGGUUUAAAAACGUCAAACGGCGAGGAUAUGAUCCAAAUGCUUCUGCCAUCUAGUGGACAGAAGGAACGCUCCAAUCUCCAGAGCUUCUGUAUUCUGGCAUUAGUUAUACUUGAAAAUAUUAUACAUAAUAGUGAUGAAUUCAACCAACAAUACCUUAGUUGUGUAGCUCCACCCCCUUUUAUAUGCUCCACCCUUCUCUCUCAGAGCCAAUUUAUUGAUAUAUCCCCCUCUCCCCCAACAGCCAAUCAGAUCAUUCUUACACUACAGAAGCAUGACAACACAACAGCCUGGCCUUGGCACCUCUUUGAAGAGUUUGCAUGGCUGAUGCCCAUAUUCAGCAGAAUACAGCAUAACGACCUAUGAAGAAUAUAAAUGUUGUCAACACGAUCUCAGACCCCCAUCAUUUCUCAAUUGUUUAUUUGACAGAAGUAAUUGAUAGCUGCAUGGCUUAGCCUUAGAGAGACAUUUUGAGUAGAAUUAUGGGAUGGACUUGAUUCUACAUAUAAAUGGCCAGAGAGGAAUAGUUCAUACAAAAGUAAAAAUUGUGUCAUUAUUUAGUCACCAUCAUGUUGUUCCAAAACUGUGUGUCUUUCUUUCUUCAGUGGGGAACUAAAGAGGAUGUCAAGCAGAAUAUAUUGGCAACUCUUUGUAUACUGUGAAAGUGAAUGGCAAUAAGCUCUAAUAAGGUGAAAAUAACACAGUGAAUGGACCAUAGUACACUCUGGCAUAAGGCACAGCAGAACUGCACAAACCAACCUUUAUGUAGAAGACACCAGAACGGAGGAUUUAAAUACACAGACCAAAUGAUGGAGCUAAACGAAACACAGGUGAUCACAAUGGGUUGCACAGAAACAAAUGGUCACACAUUUAAACAGGGACAAGGGACACUAAAACUAAACCAAAACUGAACAUAAACAUGACAAAUCCAUUCCAUUAUUUUAAUAUAGUUCAAUUGUGGGAACAAAUUUUAUGGCCAAGAUCUCUUGUUUCCACAUGUCAUGUGCAGGGCUCCAUACAAAAUAACUCAAUUUUAAAAAAAUCUUAAGGCUACAUGAUGACAGAAUUUUCAUUUUUUGUGUGAAUUAUGCCUUUAAGAUGAAUAACAUAAUUUAUAACAUAAUUUUGUUCUUUCAUAAUUAAUGAUUUUUUUUAUGUUUGUUUAUUGCGGAGCACAUUUGGUGCCCAUUUUUAGGAAUGUUCAUGACUAAAUUGUUACACUUUUUUUAGGGAACAUUAAUAUAAGUGAAAGUUGGUUUCAUACUGUAUAAAUCCUGUUCAUUUAAUAGUGUGUGUAUGUUGUAAGCUGUCUGAUAUUUGUCAGUGUUUUGCUCUGGUAUGGGGCUGUGCAGCUAAAUAUAAGUGAACACAUCUAUAGAUGCUGCACUUUGAAUGAGGAGGUGAUUCUAAGCCAAAGAUCUAGGGUAAAAAUGUAAGUUUAGGAUGUAAUACACAGCACUUUACAGUGAUAUUGUUUCCCCUGAUGGGGCGAGGUAUUAUUAUGGUAACUGAUCACCUGAAAUACAUGCAAUAACCCUGAUCAGUCCUUUAAAUAUACCUUGUUUCAUCUGCUUAACGUAAUUGCAAUUGUACGCCUAAUCUGUUGGUCCAGACAUUAUUCAGACCUUAUUAUAUGGCCUUUCUCGUCCAUCUCCCUCAGCUGUCAGUGCUGCUAACCCUACUGGAAAUGAUUGCUUUGCUGCAUGAAUUCUCUAUAGUGGGCAUAUUACUCUGUAAGUAUGAAGGACAAGUGCCCAACCCCAUAUUAUAUACAGAGACUGUGCUGUGCUGUUUGUGCAUGUCAGCUACAAAAUUUUAUUUACCGUACUAUGCAAAAGAAUUUGCUGCACAAAGUGAAGGGUUAAAACAGUAAAAUACCACAAUGAAGUAUCACAGUUGACUCUGUUUUUAGCCAUGAUAUGAUAGUUAUGCUGAGCUUCACAUAUCAGGAAAAAUAACAUCUUUGUUGCUCAUUAUCCUUUAAUAAAAAGGAAUGAAUGUAUUUCCCUUAAAUAAAAAUAAUUCCCAGGUUUUUCACAUUCGAGGUUUCUGCCUUUCAGGUGCGAUUUUGGACACUUGCCUUUUAUAUUUUCUCUGUAUUUCAUCAUCUCUGUUCAUUAGCCUAAAUGUUCCUCCAUUUACCUGCUGCUGUUACUCUGAAGUAUAGAGAAAGUCAUCAAAAUAAACAAUAAA